AUGAUUCCUCCGAGCAGCACGACUGAAGUCAGCGUGGAGAGCGUGGAGAAAGAGAAUGAAGUGGAGAGUACUGAGCAGCCCCCGUCUCCAGCAUCAACUACCAGCCAGGAAUCAAAGCUUCAGAAACUCAAACGAUCCCUCUCCUUCAAGACGAAAAGUUUGAGGAGUAAAAGUGCAGACAAUUUCUUCCAGAGGACUAACAGUGACGUGAAACUGCAAAUAGACUUGAUGCCUGAGGUGAGCACAAGCACUGAGCAGCUCCCCAACUCAGAGAGCCAGGCAUCUUCACCCACCAGAGCCCAACAGCUGCCAGAAAACAAGACUCACAUCUUCCAGGAGCACAUCUUCAAAAAACCAACCUUCUGUGAUGUCUGCAACCAUAUGAUUGUUGGGAUAAACACUAAGCACGGACUGCGCUGUAAGGCUUGUAAGAUGAGCAUCCAUCACAAGUGUGCAGACAGUAUUGGACAGCAGCAUUGCAUGGGCAAGCUGCCAAAGGGAUUUCGGCGGUACUACAGCUCACCACUACUCAUUCACGAACAGUUUGGCUGCAUCAAAGAAGUGAUGCCUAUUGCCUGUGGAAAUAAGGUUGACCCUGUGUAUGAAACUCUCCGUUUUGGGACUUCUUUAGCACAGAAAACCAAAAAGGGAAGUUCUGGAAGUGGGUCUGACUCUCCCAACAGAAACUCUACAGCUGACUUGGUGGAAGUUCCAGAGGAAGGCUAUAGCUCUGCAGGCACCCUUGACAUAAGCAGAAAACGCAGCAACAGUGUGUUUACAUACUCCGAAAAUGGCACAGAACACUUUGGAGAAGAACCAAAAAGUAUACAUUCCCCGGGACCAUUUUAUAAAAGCAUGUUACAAAUGAACACCUAUGUUGCCUUGUACAAAUUUGUACCACAGGAAAAUGAAGACUUGGAGAUGAGGCCAGGGGAUAUGAUCACACUUCUGGAAGACUCUAAUGAAGACUGGUGGAAGGGAAGAAUUGAUGACAGAACUGGAUUUUUUCCUGCUAACUUUGUUCAGAGAGUGCAACAAAAUGAGAAGGUUUACAGGUGUAUCAGGACAUUCAUUGGCUGCAAGGAACAGGGACAGAUAACUCUGAAAGAGAAGCAGAUUUGUGUGACUUCUGAAAAGGAACAUGGUGGCUUUAUCAAGGUAUACAGCGGGAAGAAGAAAGGCUUUGUCCCCAUAGAUGUCUUAGAAAACAUCUGA